AUGGCAAUGGCGAAGGGCAACUUCAGCAGCAGCUGGUUUCUCUUGCACAAGAUAACCAUGACGAAAUUUCAUGGUUUGGCGGCCGGAAGGGGAACAAGUGCUGCUGCGCUGCACGUAAUCAAAGCGAGAAGUUUCAGCGGCUCGUCAAACACGAAAGCUUUGCUAAAACAAGAAUUGCAGAGAGAGAUUCCUGGAGAGAGUAGCUCUGUCUGCAUUUACAAAGUUCCUAAUACAUUUCGCCAAGUAAAAAGCAAGGCUUACCAACCAAGUAUUGUCUCCAUUGGCCCUUACCAUCAUGGACUGCCGAGCUUACAGGAAAUGGAAAAACUGAAGCGAGUAUACUUUCAACGCGUCUUUAAACCAAAGCCAGAAGAACUGGAUCAGGCGACCGAGGCAAUGCAGAAACUAGAGGAGGCGGCUCGGAGCUGCUACUCCGAAGAAUCCAAGCUAUGCAGCGACGAAUUUGUAAAGAUGAUGCUCAUUGAUGGUUGCUUCAUCGUAGAGUUGCUCAGAGACUCGAUGCAUCAAGAUUUCGUUCAUACACCCUCCACCAUUAAACGGUGGAUGCUGCCAACCCUCCGUCAGGAUUUAAUCAAGCUUGAAAAUCAGCUCCCUCUGUUUGUUUUACGUGAAUUGUUUCAGCUGACAGCGAGAAGCUCUUGUUUUUCUUCUGAGCACGAGCGACCAGCAUCUUUGGAACUGGAAGCCCUUGCCCUUCGCUUCAUUAACCCGCUACUGCAAGGACAUCUAGAUCCGAACAAGCCCUUGGAACAUUUUACACCAAAACAGUUACAAGCAGAUGAAGGCAAGCACAAGCACUUUCUUCAUCUUUUCCACCAUAGCAUCCGUCCAGACCAUGAAAAGGGCUUCUCUACCCUUCCAUGGCAAGAGCCACGAGGGAAGCAAACCCAGCUGAUCCGGUCCAUACAGGAGCUAAAGGAGGCUGGUGUCAAGCUCAAGACUGAUAUGAAUCGUCAGCCGUUAGAUAUAAGUUUCAGAAGCACGCUGAGGGGAAAGGUUCUGACUAUCCCUCAAAUACACAUCGAUGAUCAUAGAGGUACUUUGUUUCGUAACCUGCUGGCAUUUGAAAAAUGUCACCGGAAUUGCCAUCCAGAUGUUACAAGCUAUCUGUUUUUUCUCGACGGUCUGAUCAAUUCAUCCAAGGAUGUAGGGCUUCUCCACUAUCAUGGAGUCCUCCAACAUUCUCUAGGCAGCAACAGAAGCGUGGCAAAACUUGUCAACAACCUCUGCAAGGAAGUUGGUCCGGAUGCAUCCCAGACAUACUUAUACAGGGUGAUUGGCGAUGCCAACUUCUACUAUGAUUCUAAACUUGCAAAAGUAAGAGCAGCAUUGGUGCACCACUAUUUAAGUAGCUGGGUUGUGGGCAUCUCAACGCUCGGUGGAAUCUUAGCUCUUUACCUCACCUUUAUUCAGACCGGCUGUGGAGUUGCCACUGCCAAAAAGGAUUUGGAGCACAAGUUCAGUUUCAGAGCCUUUCUCAAGGAUUCGUUGUUCAUAACAUAUCUGGAAAAGCUUCUGGUCUUCGGUAAGGAUUUGGAGCACGAGUUGCUUUCCGGAGCCUUUCUCAGUGACGAGCACAGUGACGAGGCCCUUAAAGCCAUGGGCUGGCCACAUGAUUCAAUGUUUUAA